CUGUCAAUUCGAUGAGAUUGACAUUUAUAAUUUUAGAAAUUAAUCAUUACACGUUGUAGGCAGAGUUAUAAUGAUUUCUAAUUCCUAAAAUCAUUGUUUGCUAAAAACCAUAAUAUUUAAGCCUUUUUUAUAAAUAUUUCAAAGAUUACUUCUUUAAAUUAUGCCAAUAUCAUGCAUGUAUAUUAAGUUAAAAAGGAAGAUACAUUUUAGCUGCUGAUAUUUAAUUAAUUAAUAUACAGCAGGAGACAUGGAAGAUAUUAAUGCCAGAAGAAACGCCAGAAGAAGGAGAAUUUUGGAAAAUUCAGAGAAACGGUUAUUGAAAAUUACUGGUAGAGACAACGAUAAUGAAUCAAAAGUCCAGAGUAUACAUUUAGGUUCAUUCAGUCAAACAUUCACUGCUCCAGAUAUACAAAAUGAAACUUUAUAUCCAAAUAUAAAUAGCGAUAUAUCAGGUAUUGACAGUACUUCAUAUGAGACAAAAAGUUUGUCACUUCCAUUAUUAACAAAUCGCAUAAAUUAUAUAUUAUUAGCUGUUAUUGUCAAUAUUCUACUCAUAUUACAACUGGAUCAUUUAUUUGGGAAGACAAUCACAAUACCAUACUUUCUAGUAAUGCUGGGACGUUUGUACAACUAUAAGAAUACACGAGAAAUGCAAGAGAAUAAUCUACUGUAUGCUGCUUUGAUCUUAUGCAAUGUUAAGCCUGAGUUAACUUAUCAAUUAAAAAAAUUAGUAACAAUAAGUCAUAUGAUAGUUGGAGAUUUAGCUUUAUAUAUCUUCAGUUUCACAUUAAUAUAUUAUGGAUUCUUUUACUGUUUAUAUAAUACAGACAUUCCUAUUAUCUUAAACAUGUAAAUUAGAUAUGAGAUGUAAUUAAACAUAUGAUUCGUCAA